AUGGUCGCUACCAAGUUCCUUGUCGCCGCCGUCUCGGCUCUUGCCCUCGGUGUCCAGGCCUCCCCCAUCGAGGAGCGCCAGAACACCAACGCCGUUGACGCCUUCAGCAACAACUCGCCCCUCAACAACUACUACUCGUUCGACCAGAACUCGGGCACCGUUACCUCGAAGAACGGUGACUCGCAGAUCACCAAGAACGGCCCCGAGAACCUCAUCACCUCGGACGACAACAACCCGCUCAUCCAGAAGGGCAAGCGUGGCGUCGAGGACCCCGCCUACGACCCCUCCAACCCCCACGACCCCGCUGAGGACCCCACCAAGCGCGACAUCCUCCUCGAGGACGCCGCCAAGCGUGACGCCCUCGUCCAGGACAAGCGCACCUUCUUCCGUGGUCUCUCGGGCUACUACGGCUACAACGUCUACAACUGGGGCUACGGCCGCUACCUCUACGCCCCCAACCGCUGGGUCGGCAACUACUACGGCUUCUGGGGCUGGAACUACUGGGGCUCGUACUACAACAACUGGUGGCCCAACAGCUACUACGGCUACGGCGGCUGGUACUAA